GGUUGGCGGCGGUUUUUCCUACGAGAUGCUGGUGUUGGUGUUGGUGGUGGCGGCGACCUUGCGGCUCCGCUUGCUGGCCGGAGCUCAGCCGCUGUGCCGUGUUCACACGGUAAGGACAGGAAAGGUGUUUCACGUCAGUCAGCAAAUUCAAGGGGACCGUCUGUAUUUUGCAUAUAGGACAUCACGCUUGAUUAAACAUCCUUGCAAGAACAACAUAGUCCUGUAUCUAGGAAGACAGAUUUUUUUCACAAGAGAUAACUUCCAAAAUAGUCUCCUUCCUCUUUCCAUCCCUGCAUCAAUGAAGGCCGGCACCCCGGAAGUCACAUCGGCACACAUCGCUGACUCCGUGUUGCUCUUCGUAGUGAAUCAGAAAGUCUAUAUUUAUGAUUAUAAAGCCAAUUCCUGGAACGCAUCUAGAGGUAUACAACACCCCGUUUCACAUAUUUCUGGUGACAAUUGCUGUUACAGCAGACAUCCCUUCUGUGUGGACAUAAGUAAUUCCGUGUUUGCCUAUUUGCACGGGGACCCGAUGUCUCAGACCACCGUGUACUUCUCCAACACCCGGGGAUACGAAUUUCAGAAGUUUGCCUACGAAGGACAGGCAGGACUAGUCGGGACUUUGGGUGGGGUCUUCGACCUUCACUCCCUGUCACAGACCGGGAUGCUUCUCAUUGAUCAGCGGAAGGCCAUGUUCAGCUACUCAGAACACCCCCUGAACCGCAGCCUGGGGCUGCCCUUUGACUACAACGAGACCCUUGACGUCCUCGUCACCCCUGGCCAGAAGGGCGUGCUGGUCUUCUGGUCUGAGAAGAGCCUGCUGCUUUCUGGAAACUCAGGUCAGCUGGUCGACCUCAUGGAGGUGGCCGAAGGGCCUCACACCUCGUACUUCUCCGUGGCCGAGGCCAACAUCACCAUCCACAGCAUCGCCGCCAAUCAGAACGAACUGGCGAUUUUAACUCAGGAGAACAGUUUGUAUUAUGCCAGCCUUGGAAUCCUGCCAACUUCUCUAAUCAAAUUUUCAGGCCAAAACAUCUGGUCCCCAGAGGCAGCCGUGAUGUUCACGGACGUGGGGAGACUGGAAAUACUGACGCCGGUCCCCGACCCGACGUCUCCAGUGUUUGAUUUCCAGAAGUGCCCCAUGAACGCUCAGGCACUUCUCAUGGACCCCAAACUCCAAGUUGACGUUUGCAAAGUGGAGCUUCUGCAGGGGGGAUUUGACAACAGGAUGUACACCAUCGACAUGAACAGCAACCUGGAGCUGACGGCGCUCAUGGUCCCGCGGCCGGGCACGUCGCCCCUCCCGCUGGCAAUGGUGAGCAACCCCUACUCCCUAGGGCUGCAGGUCACCAUCUAUGAGGAAGGCUACACCUACGACGGGAACACCAGGCACAGACUGAACAUUUCCCUGAAGCAGCAGCACCACGGGGGCAGGGCCGACCCCAACUUCACCUCCAGCAUAAAGAGACCCACAGUAUCUACCAUCACUCUGGACAUAGCCAACAAGGAAGUUUCCUGUGUGGACCUCAAGCCACUGACGGCGCUCAUUUCGGUGGGUUGUGACCUGGAGAAGAAGAUCGUCAUUCAGAACGAAAUCUCGGCCUGUUACAAGGGCAUCCUGGACGCCGUGGGCCUUCAGGACAACUACACCUAUGUCAUCGAGAAGGAAGCCUAUGACCCCAAUUUCCAGGGACAGAAGUCCCGCGAGGACCUGGUGGUUCACUACCGGUACGAGAAGCUGGGCUGCCCGCACCUCGUCUACUACAACACCCCCUGGAGGCCGGUGGUGGAACUGUGGCGGGAAGGAAAGUUCCAGGAGGUGUCAAAGGCGGAGUUCGUGCUGCUGGAGGUGAACGGGCUGUUCACGUACACGUACACGCUGACUGCCCGCACGGCACGCUGCAAGGCCCAGCCGCAGAACUGGACCACCGUCAUGGGCAGCGCAGGCCACAAAAGGCCCUUCCCCUGGAACCGAGAGAACUACAUCAGCUGCCAUGACACCAACAACGACGCCCCUCUGAGAUGGCCAGAUGUCCCGUAUCAGAUCCUGGGAGGCCCAACAGCAAACAAGGUUAUUUUUGAGCAAAGGAACGGGAUCUACACCUUCUUCCUUUCUAUCGUGGAUCCGUACUACAGUUACUGCCACUUGGAGGCCACCUUCAGCGUCUACGUCUACGGGGCCUUGCCCCCGUCCAUCAUCCCGACGAUGGUCACCGUCAUCCCGCUCAUCGUGGCCAUCCUGCUGUCCGUGUGGCUGGCCUACGUGACCCCCAGGCUGCUGCACACGCAGAAGGGCCUCAGGCUCAAGGCGUUCUGGAAGAGCCUGUGCCGGCGAUGCAAGCAGCUUUGCCGGCGCUGAGCGCACCCCAGGGGAGCCCAGGGCCCUCCUAAAAUAAAGCGUUCCCGGGCUGUUCUGUUUUCCCGA